AUGGGCGAGACGCGGCGCCAGCGCGUCGCUGGCAUGCUGGAGAAGCAAAGCCGCUGGAGGAAGGAGUGGUGUGACCGGUUCUUCAUUCUGGAAGAGGAGUUCAUCAACUACUUCGUUUCACCUCCAGCCAUUCUUAGCGAUGAUGGCAUGCGCGAUGAGAUCCGCGGAAGGAUACCCCUGGCAGGUCUCUUUUCGGAGCCGUGGCAGGAGCCGGGGCGGCCCUACUGCAUCCGACUGGGACGCGACAUUGUCAGUUGCAAGACCGAGGCGGAGCAGCAGAAGUGGCUGCAAGCCAUCCGCGCGGCGGCCCGGCCUGAUGGGUCUUUCCGCGCAGGUCCCGCGGCCGGGGAGGCCCAGGACGAAGCCGCGUCGAGGAGCUUGAAUGGAGGUGCCUGUGAUGAUGGCAGGAAGCGUCCCGUGGAUUGCAACGGUCGGCAGGACCCAGAGCUUGUCCUCCUGAACCCGGAGGGUACCCAGAAGGUGUUGCCCUGGCGACACGCGGCGACCGUUCAAGUCCAGCCGUCGCGCCCGGCCAUGCUGCUAGUGCUGGAUGGGCCUCGCAGUCAAAUGCAGGCCCUUUGCCGGCUCGCCGUCGAGCGCUGCGUGCCUGGCAUCCACGCCCUCCCUGUCGAGCCGCUGGGGAGGGGUGUCUCCGAGGCCGAGUGCUCGCUUCGGGUUGAAGUCCUCAGCAGCAGCCUUGUCCACGCUGCAAUGGCCUCAUCUUCGCUUGGGGCCAUGGGUGCAGCCUUCGUCUUCAUCUGGUGGUGCAGUUCCUUUAUGUAUGCCGUGGCCGGCUUGCCGCUGGCACUUUAUUGGAUUCAGUCCCAGCGAGUUCAGCAGGUCACAUUUAAAGCUGAGCAGCUGGUGAGAGUUGAGUCAUUCUCGCGGCAAGUCCCCAGCCCUGCGCGGAGCCCCUCCGCAGCCGCAACGCGCAACGCGUGCGACGAGGGCGACGGGCAGGAGGCGCGCGAGGUUGCCCCGCGCUGGUCGGGCACUUGGGUGCUGGACAAGAGCUGCAGUGAGAAGUACGAACCCAUCCUGAAGGACAUGGGAGUGAACUAUUUGAUUCGAAAGGCGGCAGACGCGAAGACGUCCGUGAUGAUCAUCAGCAAGUCAGCAACUCAUGUCAACUUUGUGGUGAAAAACCUUGUGACCGUAGAGGACCUCCUGCCUAUGGAUGGCGCUUGGGUACCUAAGCCUGUCCCUCCGGCUGGUCGGAUGCGUGGCGAGAUGCGCCUGCGCCUGACCAAGUCCACCGAGAACGAGCUGGAGAUGGUCACAGAGUUUCCUCCUGGGGAAGGUGGUCUCUGCGAUACGUUGGUGGUCGACGCCGACGGCAACUCCUUCUCGAGACGGGUGGUGCGCACACGAAGUGAUGGGACGCAGUUGGAAUGUACACGUGUGUUUCGGCGCAUGUGA